AAGUCUCAGAACUUUGUUUGUGUUACAAGAAAGGAUGGAGAUCUUUGCUUCCUUACGCGAAAAUUUUGAGCAGCUUUACAACAAUUCAUGCGCCAAAAUGUCUAGCUUCCGAACAUAUUUUGUGGGUUUUCUUUGUUCUUUGUUUGAUUUCCAUGAAUUGCAGCUGAACUCAUUUGUGUUUCAGUUUUUUUACUACAUCAUUCUCUCCGUCUUGGGUUUUCUAGCUUUGAAGCUUUCAGUGCUGAAAGCUACCACCAUUAGGCUAGCAGACCUUGAUCUGUUCUUCACUGCCGUGUCCGCAUCAACAGUUUCUAGCAUGUCUACGGUGGAAAUGGAGCUAUUCUCCAACACCCAACUUGUUAUCAUAACCGCUUUGAUGCUAAUGGGUGGGGAGAUUUUCACUUCCAUGCUUAGACUUAACUUUGUGGGCUCCAAUUUUACCCAAAAGAUAAAAAGUAUAGAAAGUAGAGUCCAUGAUAAUCCUUCGAAUUCUAGGAACUUUCCUGCAAAGGUUGAGUCGGGUUUGGUAGUUCAUCCCCAGUUGAAGGAUGAAAAACCCAAUUCCAUCGUAGAAGAUGGAGACAAAUCCUUGAGUGGUGAGCAUCUGAGGAACUGCUCUAUUAAGCUGUUGGGUCAUGUAGUCAUUCGUUAUAUUUUUGUGAUUCAAAUACUGGGCGCUGGUCUGAUCUUUCUGUACGUAAGCCUUGUUCCAAGUGCAAAAGAAGUACUGAAGAACAAAGGCAUUCAGAUGCAAAUAUUUUCUGUGUUCACAGCGGUGUCCACCUUCUCCAACUGUGGUUUCGUCCCAACAAAUGAGAACAUGAAGAUUUUCAAGAAGAACUCGGGUCUCCUCCUAUUUCUCAUUCCUCAAGUCCUUCUUGGAAACACAUUAUUUGCACCCGCCUUGCGGUGCGUCAUCUGGGUUCUGGGGAAAACUACAAAGCGGGUAGAGUACGGGUACAUGCUGAAUAAUUCUAGAGAGAUAGGAUACAACUAUUUGCUUCCUAGUGUGCAUUCAUUUGUCAUGGCCAUUGUUGUGUUGGUGCUUAUAGUAUUCGAGUUUCUAUUCUUUUGCUCUAUGGAGUGGAAUUCGGAAGCCUUGUAUGGGCUGGAUGGAAAUGAGAAAUUCGUGGCCUCAUUGUUCCAAGUUGUAAAUCUGAGGCACACUGGUGAAUCUGUCUUUGAUCUCUCAAUCGUCACCCCGGCCGUCUUGGUGGUAUUCAUAGUAAUGAUGUACCUUCCGGCUCGUACUUCAUUUUUUGCCAUAGAGGGGCAUGAAGCUGAUGUGAAAAAUGGGGAAGGAAAGACAAAGCAGAAGAGGCUUAUGGGCCAUGACACCUUCUCGCCCCUCACAUUUUUAGUCCCUUUCGUCAUUUUUAUUUGCAUGACUGAAAGAGACAAGCUCAAGGAAGACCCCCUUAACUUCAAUGUCUUGAGCAUCGCCCUGGAAGUCAUUAGUGCAUAUGCAAAUGUUGGAUUAUCAACUGGGUAUCACUGUUCUCGGCAGUUGAAGCCCGACCCCUUCUGCAAACCCGUGUGGUAUGGAUUUGUUGGAAGAUGGAGCGCCGGAGGAAAAUUGCUUCUGGUGAUCGUCAUGUUCCUGGGAAAACUUAGGAAAUUUGGCAAGUGAUGAAGUUUCAGGGCGUGGACACAAUUUUAGUAAAGGUUUGGACAUUGUCUUUGUAUUCUCGAUGCAAAUAGAGUCGAUGUCGAUGUGUGAGCAAGGUUUUCGACUACUAUUUCUAUGAUGGUAGUCAUUUAUUGUAUUUGCAAAAUAAAUAUUACUAUGUAAUUAUUAGUACAUUUAACGAUAUAUGCUAAGAAAACCACCCAGAGGUGUGAGGUGGGAAAUUAAGUAUUAGUCA